ACAGAGUCGUAACUGUUGUCGCACAGUUUGGUGGCAAUGGCAAUGGCAUAUAGUAGUAUAAGCCACAGCGGGAGUGAACUUCAAGGGGAAGAAAACGUAAUCGGGCUUAAGAGCACUGCGCAGAAGCCCGCAGGGCAACAGCCUGGCAAAACAAUCGUUCUGCUGUACGUUCUCGUGGCCCUUGUAGUGGUUGGUGGGGUGGUUAUUGCCGUUGGCAUUGUUCAGUCGGGCAAGGGGGGUGGUGACGAAAGCAGAGGUCGGACGGAGACUACAUGGGGUGAAGGCAGCGCUGAUGAUGAUGAUGAUGCUCAUCAGGGAACCAGCGGAGACGUGGUUUUGAAAAAGGGCCCAAACAGUGUGGUCUUGUCUAAUGGCAUUGUGGCCGUUGAAUUCAGCAAAAGCGGCCUUAUAAUCGGUAUAUCAUAUUCCAAUAUCGGCAAUCUGUUUGAGCAAGCCAGGAGUCCUGCAUGGAUGGGAGACUCUGCGGAGUCAGAUGGUGGUGAGGAGGAUGAUAGCGAGAGCGCCCACUUUGUAGUGAUGGAUUGGCUUCCUGGUGACAUUGCUCCACCAGAGGAGCCAGACACUGCGCCUUAUGAUGCUUCAGUCAAUUACACUACUACUACUACUAGUAGUAGUAGUAGGGGCAACUCAAGCUGGUCCAUUGAUGACUUCCCAGAGAGCCUAGGGAGUGAUCAUUUCCUUAUCAACGAUGAGUGUCUUUACGAUGAUGAUGCAAAUUCCUCCUCAGGGUCUGCCCAAAUGCCCCCAUUAGAUGUUUCUGCAUCGAUGCCGGGGCGGCGUGCGAGGACAGGUGGCGAUCCUCAGAAGCGCAGGCCACCAAGGCGCUCUCAUCUGGGAUACUAUGACAUGGUUUGGGCUGAUUGCAAUGUCGUGCGUCCCAAACAUGGAUGUGCGAAAUACGAAAGGUUCGGAGCGGAUGAGUACCGCAGAAUCACUUCUGAGUCAAAUACGGACCACGUGGAGAUAUCCUUUGUGCAGCUCCCAGGGAAAGGGGGGCAAGGGGCUCCGGUGACAAUAGACAUGCGAUAUGUAAUGAGGCGGGGCGAGUCCGGUUUCUACAGCUACCUCAUCAUUGACCAUGAGAAGGGAAAACCAGAGAUCCACAUCGGGGAGCUGCGACUUGUCUUGCGGCUGCGUCCUGACAUAUUCACAUAUGCCGCAUUGGCCGACAACCGGCGGCGGACCAUGCCACAGCCGGGCGAUCUGUCGGCGGCGCGCAGUUCCCCGUUAGAGUUCAAGGAGGCUCGGCUCUUAACGAAUCCGGUGAACCCCGAUUUCAAGAACGAGUACGAUCAUAAGUACCAUUACUCAGCAGACAUAAAGGACAUGAUUGUGCAUGGUUGGGUUGCCCCGAGUGCCGACCCUGCAGUGGGGAUCUGGAUGAUCAGUCCCAGCCGCAUGGAGUACAUGGGGGGUGGGCCAGAGAAGCAGGACCUCACAGUUCAAGUGGGGCCGAUCAUACUCAACAUGCUUCAUUCUGGUCAUUACGGGACACCGGCGGUUUUCGUUGCAGCCGACCAGGUGUGGAGAAAGACCUAUGGCCCUUAUUUCAUAUAUCUGAACGGAGCGUCCGAGUCUGUCUGCUCUGGCGUAAAGGCAGACCGUAUUACAGACUGCUUGUGGGAGGAUGCCUCCUCCCGUGCAGCUGUUGAAGAAAAGGCCUGGCCGUACGAUUGGGCCACGUCCUCGGACUAUCCCAGCAAAGGCUCUCGGGGGUCCGUUUCCGGGCUAGUGAAAGUAGAAGACCCCGAUUGGAAUGCCUCGCAGUCCCCUUUUCGUGCGGGUAAGCCAGGCAAUUCCUGGGUCGGCCUUGCCGCCGAAGGACCGGCUGGAACAUGGGCUGUCAAUUCCAAUGGGUAUCAGUAUUGGUCCCAGAUCGAGGGCGACGGCCAUUUCCUGAUCCCGAACGUGAGGCCGGGAUCGUACUCCCUUUUCUCAUAUGUAGGUGGGGUGGUCGGCGACCAUGUGCUUCAACAGAAGGUGGUCGUUGGCAGCGAGGGUGAUAAGAACCUUGACGUAGGAACAAAAGUUGUCCGCCCCCCUCGGAAAGGUCCUACCAUCUGGUCCAUUGGCGUCCCCGACCGGUCGUUCGGUGAGUUCUUUGUUCCUGUGCUCAAUCCAAGAAGCCCGUGGCCUUACCCAAGCACGGGUCCGGACCGAUGGAGAAAUUAUGGAGCUUGGCUGACGUAUAAAGAGUCGUAUCCGGAGAGUGAUCCUGUCUUUGACAUUGGCAGCAGCGACUUCUCACGGGACUGGUACUUCGUGCAGUGCCUAAGGCCCAGGCCCCAGGAGAGGGGCAAGAGAUCCACACAACGGGGGAGCCCCUAUUUACCUACUGUUCGUCGUAUCAACUUCGAUCUGGAAGAUCCGUGGCCAGGUGCAACGUACACUCUGCGUAUGGCCAUUGCUGGGGCCCAUCAUGGUGCUAUUGGGGUGGCGAUAAAUAGGCCUUCGAACACCCCGUAUGAUUUCCGGACGCCUGCGGGAGGAAGAGACAAUGCCAUGGCUCGUGCAUCAGACCAUGGUCAGUACUUGCAAUACGAGGUCGGCAUUCCGGGCUCGAAGCUCCUUCAUGGCCGGAACACGAUUUACCUCACACUGGAUUCGGUGGAUGGUCGUUAUAACUAUGUCGGGUAUGACUUCAUCAGGCUUGAGGGUCCAGGCUAAUGAGGUUCGGAAAUUUAAAUUUAAAGU